AUAAAAGAGACUUUUUGGGGGGAGGGGGCGGAAUCAGCCUUAUUUUUUCUCCUAGUCAACUGAAGUCAUGAAGGUCCUAUUAGCAGUUCUGGUUUCUUUUUCAUCGAUCACAGCUCUAGUAAGGAUCCCUCUGCUUCGAUCUCCAUCUAUCAAGCAACAGCUUCGAGCAAGAGGAGAAUUCUAUCAGUUCAUGAAAGAUCAUCAGCCUGACAUUUUUGCCCAAAGAUAUCUGCAUUGCUACCCUCCAGAUGUUUAUUCAUUAACGGGAUUUACAACAGAAAAACUCUAUGAUUACAUGAAUGCUCAGUAUUAUGGAAUGGUGAGCAUUGGCACUCCACCUCAGACAUUCACCGUGGUGUUUGACACUGGCUCCUCCAAUUUUUGGGUUCCAUCCUGUUAUUGUACCAGCGAGGCUUGCAGAAACCGUCCAAAUUUCAAGUCGUUUCUUUCACAAACAUAUGUACAUGUUGGACAACCCUUUUUUUUACAAUAUGGUACUGGGCAACUGCUGGGCAUCUCUGCUAAAGAGACAGUAAAGAUUGGCAACAUUUCUGUUGAGGCCCAGGACUUUGGCGAGUCACUUGUUGAGCCUGGCAUGACCUUUGUCUUUGCCCAGUUUGAUGGGGUGAUGGGCUUGGGCUAUCCAUCCUUGACUGUUGGGAGAGGACUUCCAGUAUUUGACAAUAUGGUAAAACAAGAACUGGUAGAGGAGCCUGUGUUUUCAUUCAUCUUGAACCGUGAAGACGACAAUGAAGAUGGAGGUGAAUUGAUACUAGGAGGCAUAGACCAUUCUCUCUACAAAGGAUCCAUUCACUGGGCUAAAGUCACUGAGAAAAAGUACUGGCAAAUUGAAGUCAACAAUGUGAAAGUCCAAGGACAACUGGCAUUAUGUUUGGAUGGCUGUAAUGCUAUUGUAGAUUCGGGUACUUCUCUCAUUACUGGCCCACUCACAGAAAUAAUCAAACUGCAGCAAUAUAUUGGAGCAAGACCAACCCCAUAUGGAGAGUAUUUUGUAGAUUGCAGAAGACUAUCCAGCCUGCCUCAGAUAACCUUUACUAUCUCAGGGAAAGAAUUCACUUUAACAUCAGAUCAGUAUAUAAUCAAGGAAAGCACAAGAGAGGAACUGGUGUGUCUCUCUGGUUUUCAGGCUGUGGCAGUUGGCAGAGACAAUGUACCAAUGUGGAUUCUGGGAGAUGUAUUUAUGUCAGGUUUUUAUUGUAUUUUUGAUCGUGGGAAUGACAGAGUUGGACUUGCAAAACCUGUUCAUAAAAGAAACUUGCUGAAGAGUUAUUGAAUUGAUUAGAAAUAUAUGAAUUAACAGAAAUUUUUCUGAUACCUAUAAUUUUGCUUUAAAUGUAACAUGUAAUAUUUUGAGGGAGAGGGAAUUUAAGAAGGCUUGAGUCAACUUUGGUAGUGCUCUUUCCCUGCAUUUGUAGUUUUCCGGUAUAUGUCCAUUUAUGAUUAAAUCAGCGACUGGAAGCUCCAAUGCCUCUUGAAGAAUGAUCUCUUGAACCAGCAGCUGCAACACUGAAAAAUUAUGACAUAAUGCAGCCAAUUCGGAAGUCAGCCCUACUGCAUCCAGUGUGACUGAGGUGUCUUCUGCAUCCCUGUUCUGAUCUCAUUGCUGCUGCUUUGUCUGGAACAAUUUUCUGUGUUGCAUUGUGAGCAGACAAGGGCACCUUUUCAUAUGAUAAGAAUGCCUUUUGAUCCAGAAUGGAACACUUGCACAUGUUAUUAAUUGAUAGGAUAGAAUAUGGAAGAGAGGUGAUUUUUAAAACCAAAAAGCCCCAGACAAACCUGCACAUUCAGGCUGAUGCUGGUUUUAAAUUUAAAUUUUAGAUGUGGUAAUCACACAGACCAGUUUAAGAGUUGUUUAUGAAAAUUACAUCUGAUUCCCAUCUUCAAAUACAGAUUUUUUUCCCUCUGGGAUGAUCUCCUUCACUGGGUCAAACUUGUUCAGGGAUAUUGUGAUCCCAGACCAAUUCACAAAAGUUGUGUUUCUUUCAUCAAUGCCUGUUAUAUCUAUUUCCAAAUUCAGCUGUACUCAUAAAUUAAAGUCGAUCAAGAAAGCCA